CAUUGCCUUCCUUCUCCUUACGUAGCUAGCUCAGGCUCUGACAUGGUAUCAGAUUUCUAGAUCCAAUCUCCCAAAGCUUCCGCCGCCUCUACCUCCCUCCCAGCCAUGAGUGACUACUUCGACACCUCCUCCGAUUCCGACGACGGCUCGGUCGAGAACUUUGGCAUCCCCGUCGCAACCCAGCCUCUUCCCACCCCGCAGCUCCAAGCCCUUCGCAUCCGCGACCACGUCCUCGUCACCCUCGACUACGAGAAGGACAACUAUGGCCUCUGGAGCCGCCAAUUCCUCACCGCCCUCUCCAAGUUCGGCCUACGGGAUCACAUCGACGGCUCUCCUGCUCAGGGCACGUUCGAUUGGGUGCUUAAUGACUUUGCCAUCGUCUCGUGGUACGACGGCACAGUCACACCCUCGACUCUGGCAAUCGUCGAGACCCGGGGCGUCACCGCCCACUCCCUGUGGCGCUCUCUUCGGGCUGUUUUCCGCGACAACCGCGACACCCGCGCCACCUUCCUCCGCGACGAGUUCCACGGCUUCAACCAGGGCGAUCUCUCCGUCGUCGACUACACCUCGAAGAUGAAGCACAUGGCCGACACGCUGGGCGACCUUGGCUCUCGGGUCAAGGACCGCGAGCUCGUCCACAACGUUCUGCGCGGCCUUGACCAGCGCCUCCAGCACGCCGUCCCUCACAUGACGCGCGGUCGCCUCCCCACCUUCAUCAAGCUUCGCUCCUUUCUUCUGCUGGAGGAGCAACGUCUCGGCCGCCAAGCGCGCGUCGUCGCCCACAACGCCCUCCUCGCCCAGGCAUACCUGGCCGCCGGCGCCCAGGAUCCGGCACACCUUGCCCAGGCACACCAGGCCGCUAGCGCCACUUCGCCGGCCCCCUUCAACCCUGCCGCGCUCGGCCUCUAUGGUGCUGGUGCCUCCCAUGCAGGCGCUCCAUCUUCGAGCGGCUCCUCUGGCUCCGGGAAGAAGAAACGCAAGAAGAAUCCGUCCACCGCAACACCCAACGGCGGGGCCCUUCCUUCCGUCACCAACCAGGGUGGAUACCGCUCACCUGCUCUGCGCCAACCCACCCCUGCUGCACCUACGGUGGCUGGCACCUUCCAGGCUUGGGCCGCGCCGGGCAUCCUUGGCCCUCGCCCAGCAGCCCCCGCCGCGCCCCAUGCGCUCAACGUCAACUCGGCGCCCGCCGGUCCGGCGACAUCUGCGCCUCAAUGGGACCAGUCCGCUCUGAUCGCGGCCUUGAACCAGCUGUCCUUCCAGCAAUCCAGCGGCAACGGCGGCGAGUGGGUCUUCGACAGCGGCGCAUCCGCUCACAUGGGCUCCGGUUUCGGAUCUGGCAACGGGACGGGUGAUUCACCGAUGUAACUCCACCGGCGAUCUCUACCCCUUCGUGCAUCCGCCCCAAUGUCUCAACGUCACCGUCUCCGCAGCCCUUUGGCAUCAACGGCUUGGACAUCCCGGCGUAGAGGUCUUGGAGCGUGCCUCCAAAUAUUUCAAGUUCAGUUGUAAUAAAAGCUUGCCCACACAUUGUGAUGCAUGUCGCUUGGGCAAACACACUAGGCUCCCUUUUUCUUCCUCCACCACGCGAACAUCUGCUCCUUUUGAACUCUGUCAUUGUGAUUUAUGGACAAGUCCCAUAUUAAGUGUGUCUGGUUUUCAAUAUUAUCUUGUAAUCCUUGAUGAUUUUACACAUUUUACUUGGACAUUUCCCA